AAACAAAAGACCCAAACACAGGAACAUUAUUAUGACGUUUACAAGUAUUUAUCAUAAAUAUCGUGUGGAAAACCGUGUAAUUCCGAUUUACUUUAGUGCUUAGAUUGUUCGCUUAAAUUAUGAGUAGGAAGUGAGAUAAAAUAAAAAUAUGAAACCCAUGACAAGGAAUAAGGGCCAAGUGUACAGUGUGGGGAAUUACCUCAUGACAGGGAAAGUGCUGGGAAAGGGGCACUUUGCGAGGGUUGAGGAGGCCACCCAUAGAAUUAUUGGGAAGAAGGUGGCCAUCAAAAUUAUCGACCUGACUUGCAUAAAAGAGGAGUACGCCCGCCGCAACUUACACCGGGAACCGCGUGUGAUGUCCAAACUGAGGCAUCCCUGCAUCGCAGCACUGUAUGAGACGAUGAUGCACGGCCCUCGACUGUACGUAGUAAUGGAAGCAGCUGGGGGAGGGGACCUCUGUGCCCACGUGUUGGCCUCAAGGGGCCCACAACGAGGCCUGCCGGAGGCCCGCGCGAAGGCGCUGGCAGCUCAACUGGUCUCAGCUGUACGGCACAUGCACUCUCAAGGCGUGGUGCACCGAGACUUGAAAAUGGAAAACAUCAUGUUAGACUCUACAAAGCAGUUCAUCAAGAUUGUGGAUUUCGGUCUAAGCAAUGUGUGGAGCAACGGUGGGGCACUGCGGACUCCGUGCGGCUCGCUGGAGUACGCUGCGCCAGAGUUGUUCGUGGACGGUCGACGCUACGGGCCAGAGGUGGAUCUCUGGAGCAUAGGUGUGAUUGUCUACGGGAUGGUGACGGGGGGCCUGCCGUUCACGGGCGCCGACACCGGCGAGGGGCGCUCGCGGCCGCAGCUCCGCGCCGCCAUAGCGCGCGGCUUCGCGCGGAAACAGCGGAUCGCACUGGCUUGCGUCAGCGGAGAUUGCAAGACAUUCAUUCAGCAGCUCCUAGAGCCGAACGUGGCUACGCGCAUGAAAAUCGACGACGCGGCGCGGCACCGCUGGAUCAAGCGGCCCGGCAUGCGGAUGCGCGCGCAUCCGCUCGGCUCCGUCGAGCCUAAAGUCAACAGGGAGCUGUACAAACAAAUAUCGGAGCUCUGCGGGCAACCAAUAAUCGACGUGGUCGCACAAAUCAAGGCGGAACCCUUCGGAGCGAUCGCUGGCAUCUACAACAUUAAGACCCACCUCCAACAACUCCACAACGUACCCGCCACCGACCUUCUCUGGACCUCUACAUUACACGAACCCAGGCCUUACAGCCCACCCGAAUAUAAGAACCUAUUCGACCAAGACAGAGCGGAGCCCUCCUGCAGUCAAACACCCACACCACCACCGGGUACGGGAUCCAAACCCAACGGGACCCCUAAGAAACCAACACCACCAAGAGAAGUGCUUAAAGCCGUUAACACAAUCCCAAAGAUUGUAGUCGCACAGGCCAAAGAAUCUCCAAAAAAACCGGAGCUAAAACCCGAUUUAAACCAAAUACGAAGUCAGAUAAACCCACUCUUCACUUCAAUGAACCGACCAGUGACCAGUAUGUAUGGUGUAAAGAAGCCUAUUUUUCGGGUGUACGACAACGGAGAUUGUGGGCUCGAUCCCCGGUUGCCGAGUAUCAACGAGCAUUCCAAUUCGGACUUGAACAGAGAUAGACAGAAGACCGGGCCGGCGAGGACGCAGUGCAAGAAGAUUAGCUUGGAGAAUGAUAGGCCGCUGCGGUUGGGUAGUUGUCCGAAUAAGGUGGAUACGAAACGGUUAGAGUUCUAUAGGAGAGCUGGUGAUGGAAUACCAAGUUGGCGAGCCACGGGAGGGUUGGCGACGCCGCCCGCUCGUAUUUUGCUGCAGAAUCACGCCACCACGAUCAAACGAGCUUCUUUGGGAAAUAUCGUGAGUCCACACUCGUCCUCAAACAGCCAUUGUAAGAGUGAACGGGCAAUGCCAGUGGGCUGGUACAGUCAACGCGCAAACGCCAGUAAGGACACGCCACACCUACAGCGGUUCCGCCGCACCGCACCCAUGAAAUGACCCGAACCCGUCGAGGCGUUGGCCCCACCCUUAGGGC